CUCUGCCGUUAACGGUCCUUCCCGGGAUCUGCCAAAAGGGAACCGGCGGAAUUUCCGCUCGAGCGGGGAAGGGAGGGCCAGGCCAGGAAGGGAGGAAGCGCCUCUGGGUUGGCGGAUCCUGUCGGGGGAAGCAGCCUCCUCCAGACGAUGUGUCGCUUUAGAACCCGAAGUCUAGUUCUGAUGGGACUGGGAGUUUCCUCCUCUCUCUAGACCCAAAGCCGUGGGCGGGGUCACGUGACUGCCUGAGGGACCGUUGGGAAGGCCGAGGCCUCAUCCGGGUGAGAGAAGGAAGGAAGGAAGGAAGGGCGCUGAGAGGAACUGUGAUUUUUGGCUGAGAAUUUCGGAGUAGAGCCUGUGGAGGGAUUUCUUUCCCUUGAAAGAAAGAAGAGGAGGAAAAACAUCUUGGAUACGGUUGGGUUCUUCACCAGAGUGGUUCCAACAUGGAGAGACCCAACUCACCUGGACCUGAAGCAGGACCUGGGAGCAGUGGGGAAUCCUGGGAAAGAACCACAGAUAAGUUCCUGAGUGUGGACCUUGACAGCUCGGACACACAGCGCCAGCGCUUCAGGCAGUCCUCCUACCAAGAGGGUGAAGGACCCAGAGGGGUUUGCAGUCGUCUCCACGAUCUGUGCCGCCAGUGGCUGAAGCCAGAGCAGCACACCAAGGCCGAGGUGCUGGACCUGGUGACCCUGGAGCAGUUUCUGAGCAUCCUGCCCCCAGAGAUGGGGAGCUGGGUCCGAGAGUGUGGGGCAGAGACCUGUUCCCAGGCGGUGGCCCUGGCGGAAGGCUUCCUCCUGAGUCGGGCCGAGGACAAGGAGCAGGAAGGACAGGCCCAUAAUAAUAACUCCAUGGAAGUCCCUGCACCAGAGGAAUCUCCACCAGACACCACUCAGUCUCUCAGGCAGAAGGAGCUGAAGCGGGAAGGAGACGGGGCUGCCGCCUUGCCGGGGUCUGGAAUGAUGCUGUUGCCGAAUCCUCAGUCGUUUCCCCCCCUUUGCGAUGGAGUGGGACUGAGUCAGAUAACUCUGUUCUCUGUCCUGGCCGAUCUGAUUUGGUGGAACUUCACCAGUCACUUUAGACUUAGAGCACUCCUCGGGCAAAGCUCUCACGCCGUGUUCUUCGCAGAACUCUUUCAGAAGUUACCUGCCAGACAAAUGAGAGGCAAAUCUCUUCAGGAGAUGAACAGAGAAAGAGCUCAUGGAACAUGAAGAACAAGUCUUGUGCUGUAACAAACCCAAGGUAAGAGGGAAGGUGCCCAUUGCCUGGUGGCCAGGGGUGGGGCGGCCGGCGCCACUCGGUGCACAUGCGUGAGAUGGGGUGGGUCUCCCUGUGCCAGGGGUGUGGCCAGGAUUCCUGCGGAGGUGGGGUUUCAGCAGUGCUCAGAAGUAACAGUGAGGCGGCCAACUGGGUUCUGGUCUUCCAUAUUUUGCAGCAGUUUAUUCUUUUAUUUCAUUUAAUUUUUGUUGUUAUUAUCCAUACUAUAACCCAAUGCUUAAAAUGUAUUAUUAUUAUCAUUAUUAAACAACCAUCCCCCCAAUAUUGGGACUCCAUGCUUAAAAUGUGUUGUUAUCAUCAUCAUCAUCAUCAUCAUCAUCAUGCCUUCCCUCCAGUUUAGUGACUCAGUGCUUAAAAGUGUUUAUUAUUAAUAUUGUUGUUAUCAUUAUCCUGCCUUUCUCCCAAUAUAGUGACUUGAUGUUUAAAAUGUAUUAUUAUUGUUGUUAUUGUUAUUAUUAUUAACCAACAUGUUCCCUAAAUAUAUUAUUACUAUUAUUAUUAUCAUCAUCAUUAUCCCAUCUUCCCUCCAAUACAGGGACUCAAUGCUUCAAAUAUAUUAUUAUUAUUAUCUCACCUUCCCCCAAUAUAGUGCUUUUAAAAUAUAUUUACAGUAGAGUCUCACUUAUCCAACAUAAACGGGCUGGUAGAAUGUUGGAUAAGCGAAUAUGUUGGAUAAUAAGGAGGCAUUAAGGAAAAGCCUAUUAAACAUCAAAUUAGGUUAUGAUUUUACAAAUUAAGCACCAAAACAUCAUGUUAGACAACAAAUUUGGCAGAAAAAGUAGUUCAAUAUGCAGUAAUUCUAUGUAGUAAUUACUGUAUUUAUGAAUUUAGCACCAAAAUAUCACGAUAUAUUGAAAACAUUGACUACAAAAAUGCGUUGGAUAAUCCAGAACGUUGGAUAAGCGAGUGUUGGAUAAGUGAGACUCUACUGUAUUAUUAUUAUUAUUAUUUUCUGAAUUUUACUAGGUCCCUCUCAUCUGGGUAUUUUAAUCUAAUUAUUCAACCUUUAUAUUGCUGCUGCAGUCCCCCCACCUGUGAAGUUUGACUGAAUUGUAUUGGUGGUUGUUUGAUAUUAUUACUGUUGUAUUAACUUUUAACUUUUGCUUUAUUAUCUUAUUGUGUUUUAACCUGUGUAUAUUCUGCUAAUUUAUUUAUUUAUUUGUGUUGUUACUUUUGUAACAAUGUGAGCCGCCCCGAGUCCCCGCAGGGAAAUGGUCGCGGGGUAUAAUAAUAAUAAUAAUAAUAAUAAUAAUAAUAAUAAUAAUAAUAACUUUAUUUUUAUACCCCGCCCCAUCUCCCCGAAGGGACUCGGGGCGGCUUACAUGGGGCCUGGCCCGAUAAAACAAUCAAAUAUCAAAACACAGCAAUAAAACACGUUAUCCAAUAAAAACAUCAAUUACAGUAAAAACCAUCGUUAAAAUCAACAAAAAAAAACAUAAAAUAUUAACACUGGAGACUAAUUCAUAGAACCCAGGCAAAGUGCAACAUGUGCCGAAAUAGGGAAGGUAGUUUCCCAGUUGAAAUGAUGCCAGAGCAGAGAGGGAGCCAGCAAAGACAGUCUCCAUCUUGUCUCCUUGCUCCAGCUGAAGGCCCCUCCUACCAGUAACAUGCUUUGUGUGUGUGUGUGUGUUUGUGUAUAUAUAUAUGUGUGUGUGUGUGCACACACACACACGCACACACAUGAAUAUAUACAUAUAUAAUAUAAUUUACAAUAAUAUAUAAUAUUAUAAUAUAUUGUAUAUGCACAUAAUAUGUUAUGGUUGAGCCUUAUGGCUCCGAUACUGGGAGACGUGGUCGUAAGACUCCUCGGGAGUCAGAGACUCUCGAGGAGCGAGAAAGGAAGUGGCUGCGGGACUUAUUUGCAGAACCAUCUGACGAGGACUCCUUUGAGGGUUUUACCGAGAGAAUGGAGGAAGAGAUGGUUAGCUCAGAGGAGGAUGACAUGGAAUGGACUCGUGUGAGGGAGGAUUUGGGUGCCACCGGCAAUACUAGUAUGGAAGGCGAUUGGGGACCUUCAGGAUUAGACCCGUGGACAAGCUGGAGGGAUGGAACGGGAUCCACAGCUGGGGAUGCUGUGGGGCGUAGUCAAAGGUGUUUCAGCUCUGAUGAGGAGGAGGAGGAUGAGACACCUGGAAUUAGGGUAACAGCUGAUAGCGAUGAGGAGUUGUAAACUGGCAUAAAAUGGGGUUUAGAAUCCAGGGCUAAUUGCGUUGGGCAAGGUAAUCUGGACGAACGCUUGGGCUCUGGUUGGGAAUUUCCUGAAGACGGGUGUGAUUCGUUUGCUGAAUACCUUGGACCUCCGUCGUCUUUUUGACGGACGCUAAUUGCCUACUCUGGACUGACUGACUGACUGGCUGACUGACUGACUACGACCUCGGACUAUCCUUCCUGUGGCUAUCGUUGGAACUGGUGAACUACAAACAUCUGUACCUGGCUUACGACCUUCGGACCGGAUUGGGACCUCGCUGACCGCUGCUGCCCCUGAUUGAUGUGUUUGAACUCGGAGAUUGUUUGCUGCUCGGAGGAGUAACUUCUUAGUUACUCAAUCACAGCCGCGGGCACGAUGCCCACAGAGGGGCGGGGCUUCCCGGCACUUGAACGGAGCCCGACACACAGAGACAGAGACGCUCCUUUCUUUUCCUCCAAUAGGAAUCCGCCUUCCUCUCCGACGUCAUCGGUCUCCGGGCAGACUCUCCCCCGGCCCUUUCCUUCGCCGUUCUGCCGUUAACGGUCAUUCCCGGGACCGCCAAUGGGAAUCGGGCUCCUGCCGCGUCGUCACCGGUCUCCGGGCAGACCCGGAGAGAGUCUCACUUAUCCAACGUAAACAGGCCGGCAGGAUAAGUGAAUAUGUUGGAUAAUAAGAAGGGAUUCAGGAAAAGCCGAUUAAACAUCAAAUUAGGUAAUGAUUAUACAAAUUAAGCACCAAAACAUCAUAUUAUACAACAAAUUUGACAGAAAAAGUAGUUCCAUGCGUAGUAAUGCUAUGUUGUAAUUACAGUAGAGUCUCACUUAUCCAACACUCGCUUAUCCAAUGUUCUGGAUUAUCCAAUGCAUUUUUGUAGUCAAUGUUUUCAAUAUAUCGUGAUAUUUUGGUGCUAAAUUCAUAAAUACAGUAAUUACUAUAAUAGCAUUACUGUGUAUUGAACUACUUUUUCUGCCAAAUUUGUUGUCUAACAUGAUAUUUUGGUGCUUCAUUUGUAAAAUCAUAACCUAAUUUGAUGUUUAAUAGGCUUUUCCUUAAUGCCUCCUUAUUAUCUAACAUAUUCGCUUAUCCAAUAUUCUGCCAGCCCGUUUAUGUUGGAUAAGUGAGACUCUACUGUACUGUAUUUACAAAUUUACCACUAAAAUAUCACAAUGAAUUUAAAACACUGACUACAAAACAUUGAUUAUGAAAAGGCAGACUGCGUUGGAUAAUCCAGAACAUUGUAUAAGUGAAUGUUGAAUAAUGGAAUGGAUUUUAAUUAUAUGUUUUAUAUUUUUAUAUUGUUUUAAUUGUUUUAUUGGAUUUUCAUUGCUGUUUUAAUUAUGUGCAGGCAUUGAAUUGUUGCCAAUUUGUACGCCGCCCUGAGUCCCUUCGGGUGAGAAGGGCGGGAUAUAAAUGUUGUAAAUAAAUAAAUAAAUAAAUAAGUGAGAUUCUACUUUAAUAUGAAAUAAUUACUCCCAACAAAAAAUUCACUCAGGGAUGAAACAGCCAGGCUUUAAAGCUGCAAGGCCAUUACAUCCUAAUCAUUUUCCUAAUUGCAGCAUUCAUACUUGCCUCCAACAAACAAAAAAAAACCAAUCAGAAAUAUUGUAUAUUCACAACCUUUAGGAAAUAAUAUCCCCUGAUGGCGCAGCGUGUUAAAGCGCUGAGCUGCUGAACUUCUGGACCGAAAGGCCACAGGUUUGAAUUGGGGGAGCGGAGAGAGCCCCCACUGUUAGCCCCAGCUUCUGCCAACACAGAAGUUCAAAAACAUGCAAAUGUGAGUGCAUCAAUAGGUACUGCUCCAGCGGGAAGGUAACGCCGCUCCAUGCAGUCAUCUCACAUGACCUUGGAGGAGUCUACGGACAACGCCGGCUCUUCGGCUUAGAAAUGGAGAUGAGCACCAACCCCCAGAGUCAGACAUGACUGGACUUAACGUCAGGAGAAAACCUUUACCCUUGACCUUAACUACCACCAAUUCCUCAAGACUUUAUUUCCCAGACCACCAGACUUCGCCACAGCAACGCAUGGCCGGGCACAGCUAGUAUACUUAUAAUAAUACAUAAUAAUGUUGUAAUAGGUAAAGGGUCAAGGUUUUCUCCUAAUACUAAUAUUGUGCUAUGCUAAUAAGAUAAUAUACUGUAUAUACAUAUAAUAAUACAUAAUAAGAUUGUAAUAGGUAGAGAGUCAAGGUUUUCUCCUAAUACUAAUAUUGUGCUAUGCUAAUAAGAUAAUAUACUGUAUAUACAUAUAAUAAUACAUAAUAAGAUUGUAAUAGGUAGAGAGUCAAGGUUUUCUCCUAAUACUAAUAUUGUGCUAUGCUAAAAAUAUAAUAUACUGUAUAUACCUAUAAUCUAUAUAUAUAAAAGAGUGAUGGCAUCACGGCAAUUCACAAAACAACAAAAGUACAGGCCCCCCAACCUCGAAAUUUGACAACACAACCCAUCAUCCACGCCUCAAGGUUGAUACAACAAAAAGAAAAAAAAAGUCCUAAUUAGAGGGAGAGCAAUAAUUUUUUUUAUCCAAUUGCUGCCAGUUUAGAGGGCUAAUCUCUGCCCACUUGGUUGCCUAGCAACCAGCCAAGGGACAGCCAGGUUUCAGUUAGGGGACAGGCAGAUUUAGGCCUCACUUAGACUUCUUCCACAGAUUAUCUAAUUUGCACUGGAUUAUAUAGCAGUGUAGACUCAAGGCCCUUCCACACAGCUAUAUAACCCAUUUAUAAUCUUAUAUUAUCUGCUUUGCACUGGAUUAUCUUGACUCCACACUACCAUAUAAUCCACCUCAGUGUGCAUUUUAUACAGCUGUAAAGAAGGGGCCUCAUAUAAUCCAGUUCUGAGCAGAUAAUAUAAGAUUAGAAAUAUACAGUAGAGUCUCACUUAUCCAACGUAAACAGGCUGGCAGGAUAAGUGAAUAUGUUGGAUAAUAAGAAGGGAUUCAGGAAAAGCCAAUUAAACAUCAAAUUAGGUAAUCGUUAUACAAAUUAAGCACCAAAACAUCAUAUUAUACAACAAAUUUGACAGAAAAAGUAGUUCCAUGCGCAGUAAUGCUAUGUAGUAUUUACAGUAGAGUCUCACUUAUCCAACACUCGCUUAUCCAACGUUCUGGAUUAUCCAACGCAUUUUUGUAGUCAAUGCUUUCAAUAUAUCGUGAUAUUUUGGUGCUAAAUUCAUAAAUACAGUAAUUACUAUAUAGCAUUACUGUGUACUGAACUACUUUUUCUGACAAAUUUGUUGUCUAACAUGAUGUUUUGGUGCUUAAUUUGUAAAAUCAUAACUUAAUUUGAUGUUUAAUAGGGUUAUCCUUAAUUCCUCAUUAUCCAACAUAUUCACUUAUCCAACGUUCUGCCGGCCCGUUUAUGUUGGAUAAGUGAGACUCUACUGUACUGUAUUUACAAAUUUACCACUAAAAUAUCACAAUGAAUUUAAAACACUGACUACAAAAACAUUGAUUAUGAAAAGGCAGACUGCGUUGGAUAAUCCAGAACAUUGUAUAAGCGAAUGUUGGAUAAGUGAGAUUCUUCUUUAAUAUGAAAUAAUUACUGGGAUAGAAUAAUGCAGAACAAUAUAAUCUCUAAAACCAGGACAGUAAAUAAACAGGGGAAUUCCACACAGGAAACAAUCAGGGCCAGCUAACACCUCCCAACAAAGUAUUCCCAUCAUCAAAGUCUGGCAAAUCCUGUUUUCUCAGGGCCACAGACAGUAGAAGCACAUAAAAUAUCGCAAACAACAUCACUCUGAAAACAAGGGUAUUCCAGACAGGAAACAAUCAGGGCCAGCUAACACCUCCCAACAAAAAAUUCACUCAGGGAGGAAACAGCCAGGCUUUAAAGCUGCAAGGCCAUUACAUCCUAAUCAUUUUUCCUAAUUGCAGCAUUCAUACUUGCCUCCAACAAACAAAAAAAACCAAUUAGAAAUAUUGUAUAUUCACAACCUUUAGGAAAUAAUAUCCCCUGAUGGCGCAGCGUGUUAAAGCGCUGAGCUGCUGAACUUCUGGACCGAAAGGCCACAGGUUUGAAUUGGGGGAGCGGAGAGAGCCCCCACUGUUAGCCCCAGCUUUUGCCAACCCAGAAGUUCGAAAACAUGCAAAUGUGAGUGCAUCAAUAGGUACUGCUCCGGCGGGAAGGUAACGCCGCUCCAUGUAGUCAUCCCACAUGACCUUGGAGGAGUCUACAGACAACGCCGGCUCUUCGGCUUAGAAAUGGAGAUGAGCACCAACCUCCAGAGUAAGACACGACUGGACUUAAUGUCAGGGGAAAACCUUUACCCUUGACCUUAACUACCACCAAUUCCUCAAUACUUUAUUUCCCAUACCACCAUACUUCGCCACAGCAACGCGUGGCCGGGCACAGCUAGUCUAUAUAUAUAAAAGGAUAAAGUUGUGGGGGCAGUGACUAUAACAACAAAACUAAACAUCCCAGAAAUACGAAACUUGGCAACACAACGCAAAAGCCUUGCCUCCCGGUUACAUCAACACAACCACACCACAAAACCACAAUCCGGACCCACAAAACUCACAACAACACAUCAUGACUAUAACAACACAACUAAAUGCCCUAGAAAUACAAAACUUGGCAACACAACACAAAAGCCUUCCCUCCCGGUUGUAACAACACAAUCACACCACAAAACCACACUAGACCCACAAAAUUCACAACAACGCAUCAUGACUAUAACAACACAACUAAACGCCCCGGAAAUACGAAACUUGGCAAAACAACGCAAAAGCCUUGCCUCCCGGUUGUAACAACACAAUCACACCACAAAACACAAUCCGGACCCAUAAAACUCACAACAAUGCAUCGUGACUAUAACACCACAACUAAACACCCCAGAAAUACGAAACUUGGCAAAACAACGCAAAAGCCUUGCCUCCCGGUUGUAACAACACAAUCACACCACAAAACACAAUCCGGACCCACAAAACUCACAACAAUGCAUCGUGACUAUAACACCACAACUAAACACCCCAGAAAUACGAAACUUGGCACACAACUAAACGCCCCAGAAAUAGAAAACUUGACAACACAAUGCAAAAGCCUUGCCUCCUGGUUGUAACAACACAACCACACCACAAAACCACAAUCCGGACCCAUAAAACUCACAACAAUGCAUCGUGACUAUAACAACACAACUAAACCAGAUGACCAUCUGUCUGAGAGGUUUGGGUGGGUUCUUCCUCCAUGACAAAAAGAAAGAAAGGGGUUAGACUGGAUGCAAACUACAAAUCCCAGCACCCCAUGGCAUGGAGUCCAUGCAUUUCAAUUAGAGGCCUCUUCCUUCUCCCUUUCCCCACCAUCCAACCCACUGACCCAGUUCCAUGGCUCUGCAGGCAGGAAAGGCUGGGACGGAUAGAAUGAAGGAAGGAGGGAGGGAAGGGAAGCGAAGGAAUGCCAAGGACAAGAGCCCUCCCUCUCUGCCCAGAAGGCAAAGAGCAAAAGGGAGAGAAAGACCAUUGAUCCGGCUAUAUUUACCCUCCUUUCUGACCAGUGUGUUCUUAUCAGUGAGCUCAGGAUUGGAGCAGAGAAAGGGAACAGCAUAGGAAUAAAGGAAACAAGGAGAGCACCCACUCUAUCUAUCCAUCCACUCACCCACUAAUAAUAAACACCUACACAGGCAAGAAUCAGCCAUGCACUGAGUCUACAAGACCAUUCAGUGCUCAUCUACCUCCCCAAUCCCUACAUUCACACUUGGCCUCCAGAAAAACAAUUACAAUAAUAACAAUGACAACAAUAACAAUAAGAAUCAACACCAUCACAGGCAAGAAGCAGCCAGGCACUGAGGCUAAGAGGCCAGUCAGUGCUACACUGGGCCUCCAAAAAACAAUACAGUAGCAUCUAACUUAUCCAACCUUCAUGACCACAACAACAACAAUAAUAAUAAACACCUACACAGGCAAAACAAAAAAAGACUAUUGUACCACAAUAAAAAUAUAAACCGCACUCAGCAGAAUCAGACAUUACAAUUAACAACAAACCAAAGACAACAGGGAUCUCAAGCAAUUAUCAAUCAACACAAAAAUUGAAGAAGGUAACAGACUUCAAAUACUACUACUAAUGUGAGUAUAAAGAAGGAUGGAGGUCACAGCAUAAAUACAACUUAAUGUAGACUGACCAACACCACCAGACUAAGCCACAGCAACGCGUGGCCGGGCACAGCUAGCAAUUUAUAUAUAUAAAAGAGUAAUGGAAUCGGCACCGGCAAAACAACAAAACUACAGGCCCCCCAACCGCGAAAUUUGACAACACAACCCAUCAUCCACGCCUCUAGGUUGAUACAACAAAAAAGAAAAGAAAAAUAAAGUCCUAAUUAGAGGGAAAGCAAUAAUUGUUUUUAUCCAAUUGCUGCCAGUUAAGAGGGCUAAUCUCUGCCCACUUGGUCUCCUAGCAACCAGCUCAGCCAAGGGACAGCCAGGGUUCAGUUAGGGGACAGGCAGAUUUAGGCCUCACUUAGGCCUCUUCCACAGAUUAUCUAAUUUGCACUGGAUUAUAAGGCUUUUCGAAUAAGGCUUUCGAAUAAGAAUCAGCAGCAUUAAUUACUAUUAUGUAUACUGGAACUCAAUUGACAGACCCAGUCUUUUAAACUUGAGCACGCCUAUCUGUAUUUUAUAAUGCGUUUUAUGAAUGUUUUAUUUAAUUUUUUUAAGUUAAUUUUUUAAACUGAUUUAUAAUGUAUUGUAUAGUUUUUAUAUGUGUGUUUUAUUGUAAGCCGCCCUGAGUCCCCUGUUGGGUGAGAAGGGCGGGAUAUAAAUAUUGUAAUAAAUAAAUAAAUUAUAUGGCAGUGUAGACUCAAGGCCCUUCCACACAGCUAUAUAACCCAUUUAUAAUUAUCUGCUUUGCACUGGAUUAUCUUGACUCCACACUACCAUAUAAUCCACUUCAGUGUGCAUUUUAUACAGCUGUGAAGAAGGGGCUUCAUAUAAUCCAGUUCUAAGCAGAUAAUAUAACAUUAUCAAUAUACAGUAGAGUCUCACGUAUCCAACAUAAACAGGCCGGCAGAACGUUGGAUAAGUGAAUAUGUUGGAUAAUAAGAAGGGAUUCAGGAAAAGCUGAUUAAACAUCAAAUUAGGUCAUCAUUAUACAAAUUAAGCACCAAAACAUCAUGUUAUACAUCAAAUUUGACAGAAAAAGUAGUUCCAGCGCAGUAAUGCUAUGUAGUAAUUACUGUAUUUACAAAUUUACCACCAAAAUAUCACAAUGAAUUUAAAACACUGACUACAAAAACAUUGCCUGCUAAAAGGCAGACUGCGUUGGAUAAUCCAGAACAUUGGAUAAGCGAAUGUUGGAUAAGUGAGAUUCUACUGUAAUAUGAAAUAAUUACUGUGAUAGAAUAAUACAGAACAAUGUAAUCUCUAAAACCAGGACAGUAAAUAAAGAGCAACAUCUGAAAGCAGGGAAAUUGGAAAUUCCACAAAGGAAACAAUCAGGGCCAGCUAACACCUCCCAAGAAAGGAUUCUUCCAGAAAGGAAGCUGAGAAGGGAGUGAAGCAGUGUGUAUUACCAAAGUCAUUAUUAUUACUAUUACUAUUAUCAUGCUCCCAUUGGUACAGCCUAGAAUCACAUUGGCUUUUUAAAGCUGCUCUAUCACAUUUUAUUUAAAAAAAAACAUUUUAUUCAAACACAGAAAAACAAAAACAAAUCAAAGCCUGUUUACACAAAUUACAAUUUUGGCAUUUUAUUUUUUUACACAAAUUAUAACUUUGGUACCUUUUUUUUAAUGACUACUUAACAAAUAUAAAGGGAACAAGGACACACACUUUGCACAAUAAGAUCAAAAUUAAUGGACCCCAAACCACAGUCUAGAAACCUCUCACUCACUAUACGAUUAUCUGUUUACUCGAUUUCCUUUCAAUACUGUUCUAUACUCUAUACUUCAUCAAUUUAGUUAAUGUGUCCAUCUGAACUGAUUCAUGAAUGUACAUCAGUCGUUGUCAUCAUUCUUUGCCUUACAUUCCCUGCUGUUAGGGAGAUAUGUUGUGUAUCCUAAUGGACCCUUUGCCAAAGGUGGGGAUUAAACAGUCCCAAAUACCAAAAAUGAUUCACUGUAAGCAACGAUAAAUGCACAUGUAGAGUGAUGGUCUCGUGUUCCAGGGCUCUCCUAGUAUAAACUCUGAGGUUUAUUAAACAAAGAUAAGCCAAGACCAUAUUAACUUACAGGAAGACUGAAGUCUUCGGUCCGGCUAAAACAGUGGUUGCCAACCUGUGGUCCGUGGGCCACCAAUGGUCCGGAAGAGCUUAAAUAGGGUCCAUGGCCUCACCAUUACUACACCAUUGCAAUGAGAGCGAGUAGUCUCGCAAAACCCUCUUAUAGUGCCGAGGUUUAUUGAAUAUGGUUUUCUGUGGGCGAGCAGAUGGCGACUACUGGGUGGCAUGUGUUCUGUAUCAGGAACUAGAGCUGAUGUGGUCUGUCCAAUGCCAUUUUCUGAAUCAGCACCCCAAAUAACCAAACCGAAUCUAAAGUUGACCAAAAACUGAGUUGUAACCCUUUUGGUAUUAAUUUUGGAGAGUGGUCCCUGGUCAAGUGAUCCCUAGUUGGAAACCACUGGGCUAAAAAUAAUGCAAUUGGAGCCACACAGUCGAAGGAACAAUGAACACAAGUGCAGGUCAAGAGUCCAGUUAAUGCAGACACGUCGAGUACUGUAGAUCCAGGUCAGGAGCAAAAAUAAACAAGACCCAAGGUUACAGACCAAUGGUCAUAUGCCAAGAGUUCAUUACGCAGAAUUCAUCAAAUAUCAAGAGUACAAACCGAAUUUAGAGUCCCAAAAUCAAGCCAGCAAGUCAGGGAUACAAACAAAGUCCAGUCCAUAAACGAAACCAGAACGUCAGUCCAGAAUUUAGAGUCAAAUAUUCAGUAUACAACAAAGUCCAGAAAAGGGUUACAGGUACAGAGCUAGAGCCCAAAAUAAUAAUAAUAAUAAUAACAACACUUUAUUCAUAUUCCGCUCUAUCUCUCCAAAGGGGCUCAGGGCGGAUCACAGUCCAUACAAUACACAUGCACAGCAAACAUUCAAUGCCGUUGAAUGAAGCAGAGCCAAGACAUGAGACAGGAGUAUGAAGAUAUGACGUUAUCUGCAACCAAAGAGCUAUUCUUUUUCAGAACCUUUUAUCCCGAGAUCUCAGCUGCUGCUCAUUUCAGCAAACAUUCACAGAUCAUCCUAGAAGCCUGCGAUGGGUCUCCUUGGGGAGGAGGUUAGGUGAACCCCUUCCAAGCUUGCUGCAAUCCGGAGAAAAGAGCCCCUCUGAGUGACACCUGCUCCCAGAAGUCGUCAGCCAAGGCCACACAAACUGCAGUUCUGGUGGAGAGAGAGCAAGGUGCUGGCCUUCCUCUUUCCUUGCAAUGCUUUUUUAGAGAGAGCUCGGAAACUCAAAGGCCCGUCUCCUCUAGAGGAACAUGAGUUCUGUGAUGUCUACUGUAUGCUGAACUUUCUCUAAAGCACUUUUCACAUUGGGUACAUUUGUAUGGCUUCUCCCUUGUGUGGGUCCUUUGAUGGAAAUGCAGAUGGUCACUCUGACUGAAGCCUUCUCCACACUCCAUGCAUUCAUAUGGCUUCUCCCCUGUGAGUCUUUUGAUGGGAAUGUAGACUGUCACUCCGACGGAAGCUUUCUCCACAUUCCAUGCAUUUAUAAGGCUUCUCCCCCAUGUGGGUCAUUUUAUGGGAACAUAGCCUGCUUCGCUGAAAGAAGCUUUCUCCACAUUCUAUGCAUUCAUAUGGCUUCUCCCCUGUGUGGGUCCUUUCAUGGGAACGUAAUUUGUCACUCCGACUGAAGCUCUUUCCACAUUCCAUGCAUUUAUACGGCUUCUCCCCUGUGUGGGUCCUUUGAUGGGAACGUAAUUUGUCACUCCGACUGAAGCUAUUACCACAUUCCAUGCAUUUAUGUGGCUUCUCCCCUGUGUGGGUCAUUUUAUGGGAACGUAGAUGUCCAUUGCUACUGAAGCUUUCUUCACAUUCUAUGCAUUUAUAUGGCUUCUCCCCUGUGUGCUUCCUUUGAUGGGAACGUAGGCUGACACUCCAAUGGAAGCUUUCUCCACAUUCCAUGCAUUUAUAUGGCUUCUCCCCUGUGUGCUUCCUUUGAUGGGAACGUAGGCUGCCACUCCGACUGAAGCUUCCUCCACAUUCCAUGCAUUUAUAUGGCUUCUCCCCUGUGUGCUUCCUUUGAUGGGAACGUAGGCCGCCACUCCAACAGAAGCUUUCUCCACAUUCCAUGCAUUUAUAGGGCUUCUCCCCCGUGUGGGUCCUUUGAUGGGUACGUAGACUGUCACUCCGACUGAAGCUCUUCCCACAUUCCAUGCAUUUAUAUGGCUUCUCCCCUGUGUGGGUCCUUUGAUGGGAACGUAAUUUGUCACUCCGACUGAAGCUCUUCCCACAUUCCAAGCAUUUAUGUGGCUUCUCCCCUGUGUGGGUCCUUUGAUGGGAACGUAGAUGGCCACUCUGACUGAAGCUCUUCCCACAUUCCAUGCAUUCAUAGAGCUUCUCCCCUGUGUGCUUCCUUUGAUGGGAACGUAGACUGCCACUGCGACUGAAGCUUUCUCCACAUUCUAAGCAUUUAUGUGUCUUCUCCCCUGUGUGGGUCCUUUGAUGGGAACGUAGGCUGUCACUGCGACUGAAGCUCUUCUCACAUUCCAUGCAUUUGUAAGGCUUCUCCCCUGUGUGCUUCCUUUGAUGGGAACGUAGGCUGCCACUCCAACAGAAGCUUUCUCCACAUUCCAUGCAUUUAUAUGGCUUCUCCCCUGUGUGCUUCCUUUGAUGGGAACGUAGACUGCCACUCCGACUGAAGCUUUCUCCACAUUCUAUGCAUUUAUAAGGCUUCUCCCCUGUGUGAGUCCUUUGAUGAGAACGUAGAUUGGUACUGUGACUGAAGCUUUCUCCACAUUCCAUGCAUUUAAAGGGCUUCUCCCCUGUGUGCUUCCUUUGAUGGAUAAGCAGACGGGUACUGUGACUGAAGUAUUCUCCACAUUCCAUGCAUUUAUAUGGUUUCACCCCUGUGUGGGCCCCUUGAUGGAUACGCAGACUGCUACUCUGACUGAAGCUCUUUCCACAUUCCAUGCAUUUAUAGGGCUUCUCCCCCGUGUGGGUCCUUUGAUGGGAACGUAGUUUAUCACUGUGACUGAAGCUCUUCCCACAUUCCAUGCAUUUAUAUGGCUUCUCCCCCGUGUGGGUCCUUUGAUGGGAACGUAGUUUAUCACUGUGACUGAAGCUCUUCCCACAUUCCAUGCAUUUAUAUGGCUUCUCCCCUGUGUGGGUCCUUUGAUGGGAACGUAGAUUGCCACUCUGACUGAAGCUCUUCCCACAUUCCAUGCAUUUAUAUGGCUUCUCCCCUGUGUGCUUCCUUUGAUGGGAAUGUAGACUGCCACUGCGACUGAAGCUUUCUCCACAUUCUAAGCAUUUAUGUGUCUUCUCCCCUGUGUGGGUCCUUUGAUGGGAACGUAGGCUGUCACUGCGACUGAAGCUCUUCUCACAUUCCAUGCAUUUGUAAGGCUUCUCCCCUGUGUGCUUCCUUUGAUGGGAACGUAGGCUGACACUCCAAUGGAAGCUUUCUCCACAUUCCAUGCAUUUAUAUGGCUUCUCCCCUGUGUGCUUCCUUUGAUGGGAACGUAGGCUGCCACUCCAACAGAAGCUUUCUCCACAUUCUAUGCAUUUAUAGGGCUUCUCCCCUGUGUGCUUCCUUUGAUGGGAACGUAGACUGCCACUCCGACUGAAGCUUUCUCCACAUUCUAUGCAUUUAUAAGGCUUCUCCCCUGUGUGAGUCCUUUGAUGAGAACGUAGAUUGGUACUGUGACUGAAGCUUUCUCCACAUUCCAUGCAUUUAAAGGGCUUCUCCCCUGUGUGCUUCCUUUGAUGGAUAAGCAGACGGGUACUGUGACUGAAGUAUUCUCCACAUUCCAUGCAUUUAUAUGGUUUCACCCCUGUGUGGGCCCCUUGAUGGAUACGCAGACUGCUACUCUGACUGAAGCUCUUCCCACAUUCCAUGCAUUUAUAUGGCUUCUCCCCUGUGUGGGUCCUUUGAUGGGAACGUAAUUUGUCACUCCGACUGAAGCUCUUCCCACAUUCCAAGCAUUUAUGUGGCUUCUCCCCUGUGUGGGUCCGUUCAUGUCUAGUAAGAGAACCUUUCCUAUCAAAUUGUUUUCCACAUUCCACACACUGAUGUAACUUCUCCCGUGUUUGUGAUCUAGGAUAGGGAGGUAGAGGACUUGCCAUUCUUUUAUAUUUAUAAUUCAAAUAUUACGCCAGGGGUUCACAGACAUAACCUCCUGAAUAGCACAAUCUUUGUAUUGCUGUAGCCUUCUGCUCGCUUUUCCAAGCCUCUCUUUUUUCAGCACAAUCUUAUUUCUUCCUGUUAACUGCAUAGGUUUGUAACUUGAAAUAUAUUUUUCUACUAAUUAUUUUUUCUUGUUGUCAUUGCUGUGUAUCUUGAAGUCACUUUAGACUUAGAGCACUCCUCGGGCAAAGCUCUCACGCCGUGUUCUUCGAAGAACUUUUUCAGAAGUUACCUGCAGACAAAUGAGGGGAAAGUCUCUUCAGGAGUUUAACAGAGAAAGAUCUCAUGGAACAUGAAGAACAAGUCUCGUGCUGUAACAAACCCAAGGGAAGAGGGAAGGUGCCCAUUGCCUGGUGAGAAAUGCUUUAACACUUGCCCAACAACAAACAAUCCCUCCUCAGGUCCAAAGGGAACGGUGCGCAAAGGUUCUCUGCACAAAAUAAAAUUCAACCCUACAAAUUAAAAUCCAACAAUGCAGCAAAGCUGAAGGCAUAACAGGCUGUGAACUGUGAACAUUUAUUUUUGGUGUCUUUUGCACAAUUAAAUUAUUCUCAAUGUCUUGUAGAGAUAUGUGGUCACCCUUAUAUAAAUUAAUGUAAUAAUGUUUUAAAGCCUGUUGAAUAUUGAUAUCAUUCAUUAAUAUUUUAUCCUCAUGUUGUAUCUUAACAGUAAGUCCCCUUCAGGGUAGAGAAAGGCGGUAUAAAAUGUCAUAAAUAAAUAAAUACAUAAAUAAAGAAUUGACAAUUACA